GAAAUCACAUGGAAAUCGCUAGAUCAAUUUCAUCAAUUAUAAAAAGGACUGUUGAUCCAAAUAUGUUGUUUGAUAAAGGUGAGUAUAUGGAUGAAGUACUAUGGCAGCUUCUUUGUACUAUUUAUGAUAUACCAUCGUCAAACUUCACGAAAGUUUACUUUUUGAAAUUAUUCAUGAUGACCGCCACUAACCUGGGAUAUGCUGGAAAUUUCACUUUGAGUAACUUUUCCCGAGAUAAAAGAGACCGGCGAAAAUGGAUACAUUUUCUUUCAUGCUUAAUCUCUUGGUUUGAAUGUGCUGACACUGAGAUUCUAGAGAUGGUUGACGAAGCAAGAGAAAGAAAAAGCAACUAUGCAAAGCUCUUAAGUCUGGUGGAAUCCCGGGAACAUGAAUUACACACACUUCGAGAUGCUGAAUCCAAACGCCGUAACAUUGUUAAAGACCUUGAAAAGGAAGUGUACGACAUUAAGCAUCGUUUCAAUGAGAAGAAUAAGAAAAUGUCAUCUGCAGAAAAUUUAUUAUUGUCCCUAGUUUCUUCAACUGAACAGAAGAAAGAACAGAUAGAGUCUUCUCGCGAACGACUUCAAACUUUACUCGAAGAAUAUGAAAAUACUAGAUCCCAUCAACUUGAAAAUUGUGAAAUGUUACCUGAAUCAAUUUCAAGAGUAAAGUGUCAACUUGAUUCAAUCGAAUCAGAUAUGCAUAGAUUAUUUGAAGCCUUUAAUCACAUUGUGGAUCGUAAUAUAACAUUUCAAAGCUAUGAGUGUUUACUGGAGUCAGAAUUGAAACCAGCAAUGGACCAGGGCUAUGUGGUGAUGGAUAAACUAGAAUCAUGUGAAAAACAAGAGAAGAGUACUCAAGGUAAAAUUGAUGUUCUAACUACAGAUUUGAAAAAUAUGGAUAUUUCGUUAAAUGAAGCUAAACAACACUUGGUGGAAUAUCGAUCACAACUAGUACGAAAAAAAGUAUUGUUGAAUACUAAGAAAAAGACACGUGAAGCUGAUAUCGCCAACAAGACAAAGGAGAACGAUUCAUUUAUAUCUGAACGACAACAUUUGAGAACCCGGUUAUCCGAAAUUGCCCAAGAAAAUUCCUCUAUUGUUGAACAAAUCAAUUUAGAAGAACAAAGGCUUCAGACGACCUCAAAAAAUCAUGUCCACGUUGAAGAGCUUAACAAAGCGCUACUGGAAAUAAGCCAAGUGGUUACUAAGACACCCUUUCUUACAUGAAAACUUAUUUCUGAUACAAGUUACGUACUUGGUUUAAGUACAUUCUAACAUUGAAAACUAAGUCAUCAAAACUUAAAGCACAUGUAUAUCUAUAUAUCCGUUUAUUAAUUUCUUAUAUUUUCAUUUACAAUUUUCAAAAUAUACAAGAUAAUAUUCUCAGUGACUUAUUAUAUACCUAAUACUUCUCUCAUUCUCAGAUAAAAUCUCAUUUAAAUGUGACGAAACAACUGAUAAUGAAAAUUUACUGUACUAUCUCCUCAACACUUAUACUGAUAAGUUUCAUUUACACUCAUGUCUCUAGUCAUAUUGUAUUUCUCACUACAAAAUGAAUUAAUAGAUCUUUGAGUAAUUCUUCC